GUGCAAUUGACAUUAUAACCGGUUCUGGGGCCGGCAACUCCGCUCUUCGAAUUCUGUUGUCUCAACGCGAGGCUGAAAUAUCUCAGUCACUCAUUUCAUCAUGUCAACGCAGUCCCAACCAGCGAAGCAGGCGCAGCAACUAACGCCUUUUGCAUCUGCGUUGGCUGGUGCCCUCGGAGCUUGCUUCAGUAACGCUGUAGUGUAUCCUCUCGAUGUUGCCAAGACCAGGAUCCAAGUGACCUCGUCAGCUGCGCGAGGAAAGCGCAAAGACGAGCUGAACAUGCUAUCAAUGCUACUCGAAAUAUUCAAACAAGAAGGAAUCAACGGGUGGUACAGAGGUUUUGCUGCAACCAUGCUCAACACCUUCUCGAUGCAAUACGCCUACUUCUUCUUCUACUCGUUCAUACGCUCAUCAUACAUCAAACGGAUAACUUUGAAGCUUCCUCCUGGGUCAAGACCUCCUGCGCUGUCUACUGCUGCUGAACUCUCCCUUGGGGCAGCUGCAGGCGCACUAUCCCAGAUCUUCACGAUUCCCGUAUCGGUGAUCGCAACCCGACAACAAGUCGGACGCUCAGUCCGAGAGUCCUCGCAGUCAUCACAAGGUGAAGGACAAACAGACGAGUCUUUCAUAGCUGUUGCUCGUGAGAUUGUUCGCGAGGACGGUGUCACAGGGCUGUGGCUGGGCAUUAAGCCCGGCAUGGUCCUGACCGUGAACCCUGCGAUCACAUACGGCGUUUAUGAGCGCCUCAAGAGCUUGUUAUUGCUCGCAAGUUCUGUGAAUGGUAAACUGACCCCUGGAACGUCAUUUUUGCUUGGGGCGUUUAGCAAGACGCUCGCCACUAUUGUAACUUAUCCAUAUAUUAUGGCCAAGGUUAGAAUUCAGGCCCGUACAAGUGAUGCCGACGCAUCAGAGAGCGAGGGUCUGCCUGGUGGUCUAAAUGGAAAUAUUAAGCCCAAAGCAAAACAUGCCGGUGCCCUCGGCCUCCUCCUCAGAGUGCUGAGGAAAGAAGGAUUUGUGGGAUGGUAUCAGGGGAUGUCCGCGCAGAUAAUCAAGGCCGUGCUUUCUCAGGCGUUGUUGUUUGUAUCCAAGGAACAAUUCGAACAUUGGGCCCUGGCCAUCAUGGUUUUGUUCGCAAAGUUCACUUCGCGGUCAUGACGACGCGCGUUUGUUCAUAUUGGGGAAUCGAUCAGGAUCAGUUGGUUGUUUGUUCUUCGGGAGGCGUAAUACGCCUUUUGUGUCGCGUAUCAUCUCAGUACCUAGAUAGACGGAUCAUGUACGCAUCCUGAUGGGGCCCGUUUGGCUGUAGGGCCUCCCAUCUUAUUUCCUUUUUAUGUAGUCGUCAGGUGGCGAAGUGACGAGUCAUGGUGAUGGAAUCAAAACAUCUCGGAUUGGGAUCGUGGAACGGGCAAC